AGGAGUCUUAGGGUUUUUAGAAGCGACUCCUUAUAUUUUGCGGACGGUGUUUUAAACCUUUUGGUUCUUGCUCUCUACGUGGACGGCGGCUAGGUUCAAACAACAGAUCCGACAAUGCCUAAGCAAAUCCACGAGAUCAAGGACUUUCUUCUGACAGCUAGAAGGAAGGAUGCUCGGUCUGUGAAGAUCAAGAGAAGCAAAGACAUUGUCAAGUUCAAGGUCAGAUGCUCAAAGUACCUCUACACGCUCUGCGUCUUUGACCAAGAGAAAGCCGACAAGCUUAAGCAGUCUCUUCCUCCAGGUUUGAGUGUGCAAGACCUUUGAAGAUGAUGAAUCCAUAUGAGAAUAUGUUUUUGUUUACUUCAGCUAUGUUCAAACUUUUUCGAGUAUGACUAUGUUUUCUAAAUUUUUCUCUCUAUUGAUUCUGUUUUUUUCUAUUA